CAAACAGCAGGGACCAGGCGCAGCAGCAGCUGGAGUCUCGUGCUGCGGAGGGUCCAAUAAGCUUUAUUCUACCUCAGUAAUUAAAACGUCUUUUUUUAAAAUAAAUUUUGUUUAUUUCUUUUUUUCUUUUUUGCGGGAAACCGAGGUGAAACGCUACGUCACCGAACAAUAGCACGAGACACACCGGUGCGCGAGACCUGCUGCACUUUGUAAACGCGGAAGUUGAGUGAGAAAGCGAUGAAGAGGAGUCGGCUGCUGGCUGUGCUGGUGGGCGGAGUCUUCUGUGUUGCAGUGAUGUCACUGUACCGUAUGCUGGAGCUGAUGCAGGGGGCGGAGCUUCAACAACACCGGGUGACACCUGCUGGACGGGUGGACGACGAUUUGUCCCGCCUCCAGCAGAAGAUUGACAGUUUGGAGCGUCUCCUUAGGGACAACAACCGUCUGGUUGCUGCGCUGCGUGACUCUCUGCUGCGCCGCAAAGCAUCAUGGGAAACGGGAGGAGGGGCCAAUAUCAGCUCAGACUCCGCCCACAGCCGAGUUGAAGCGCUGCCUGGCUGCCGAUUGGCUGAAGAGAAGAAGGACGGAACAGACGGAGUGCAGCUGCUGGAUGUUUAUGACCUCCUGCCUUUUGAUAAUGUCGACGGCGGCGCCUGGAAACAAGGUUUUGAGAUCCAUUACCAAGGCGACGAGUGGGACAAGCAGCCGCUGGAACUUUUCCUGGUUCCUCAUUCACACAACGACCCCGGCUGGCUGAAGACGUUUGACAGUUACUAUGACGACCAGACCAAACACAUCCUCAACAACAUGCUUAUCAAACUGACUGAAGACAGCAGGAGGAAGAUGAUUUGGGCCGAAAUCAGUUAUUUCUCCAAAUGGUGGAAUGACAUCGACGAGCAGAAGAGAGCGAUGGUCAAACGCCUGGUGGGGGCGGGACAGUUGGAGCUGGUGACGGGUGGCUGGGUGAUGGCGGACGAAGCGAACUCUCACUACUUCGCUCUGUUGGAUCAGCUGAUCGAGGGCCACCAGUGGCUCCAGCGACACCUGGGUGUGAAGCCGAGGAGCGGCUGGGCCGUGGAUCCAUUUGGCCACUCCCCCUCGAUGACCUACCUGCUGAAGGGGGCGGGGCUCAGCAACAUGGUCAUCCAACGCGUUCACUAUGCCGUCAAGAAGCACUUCGCCCAACAACAGACCCUGGAGUUUCUAUGGCGACAGAGCUGGGACUCCUCCCCCCGCAGUGACAUCACGUGUCACAUGAUGCCAUUCUACAGUUAUGACGUACCGCACACGUGCGGUCCGAACCCGGCGGUCUGCUGUCAGUUUGAUUUCCACCGCCUGCCAGGAGGGCGGGUCUUCUGUCCAUGGAGGAUACCGCCGCAGCCAAUCACAGAGCAGAACAUCCAGGAGAGAGCUGUCCUCCUGUUGGAUCAGUACCGGCAGAAGUCCCGUCUGUUUCAAUCUCCGGUUCUUCUGGUCCCGCUUGGUGACGACUUUCGCUUCAUGGAGUCGAGCGAAUGGGAUGCUCAGUUCAGUAACUACCAGAAACUCUUCGACUACUUCGACCAGCACCCGGAGCUCCACAUCAAGGCUCGUUUCGGGACUCUGUCUGAUUACUUUGAAGCUCUUCAUCGGCGUCUGAGCACUGCAGGAGCGACUCUGCCGACACUCAGCGGCGACUUCUUCACAUACGCCGACCGUGACGAUCAUUACUGGAGCGGAUACUUCACCUCGAGACCAUUUUACAAACGCCUCGACAGAACGCUUGAGGCCACGCUCAGAGCGACAGAAAUCCUCUUCAGCUUGACGUUGGCUGAAAUGCGUCGUUUCCGGGGCGAUGGUCAUCUGGUCCCAGAUUUUCCAGCACGUAAACACUUCCAGCGUUUAACGGCGGGGAGGCGAAGCCUGGCAUUGUUCCAGCAUCAUGACGCUGUCACCGGCACCGCUCGUGACCCUGUCGUGGUCGACUAUGGCACCAGGUUGUUUCACUCGAUCCUGAACCUGCGCCAGGUGCUGCAGAGCUCCGCCCACUGGCUGCUCCUACUGGACAAGAACCAGUACCACCACGACCAAUCAAAACCCUUCAUGCAAAUGGAUGAUGUCAUGUCAGCGCACGACGCUCUGCCUCACAAGACGCCCCUCACACUCAGUGAUGAACCCAGGUCAUUGAUCAUCUUUAACCCGACGGAGCAACUUCGUACGUCCGUCAUCAGCGUCGUCAUCGACUCUCCAGACGCUCAUGUUGUUGAGGCAGAAACAGGUCGACCAAUGGCUGCACAGAUCUCCGCGGUGUGGGCGGAGCCGAGCCGGGCGUCCACAGAAUCCUUCCAGCUUGACUUCGUGGCCGAACUUCCUCCUCUGUCACUCGUCGUGUAUCAUGUGACCAAAGCCUCUUCUGGCUCCGCCCACCGGGUUCAGUACACCUUCCGUCGCCGUGGCAACCCACCGACCAUCCAGGCCGAACACUUCCAGGUGUCCCUCCCAGAAGGACCUGAGGCCGACGCCCCCCUGUCGCUCAGCAACAAACACGUCCAAACAUGGAGCUCCCCAGAAACCGGCCUGCUGCAGAACCUCCGUCUGCAGUCCGGUCUGCUCCGUCAGCUCCACGUCCAGUUUCUGUGGUACGGAACCAGAAACGGAGCCAACCGGGACAAGAGCGGAGCCUACCUGUUCCUGCCGGGGGAGGAGGGGGCCCAGCUCUACUCGUCCCCAGAGCCACCCCUGGUUCGGGUGUCCAGAGGUCCGGUCUUCUCUGAAAUCACUUCCUGUUUCCAACACUUCACACAUACGCUCCGACUGUACCACCUGGACGGGCAUGCUGGGAGAUCCCUGGAGAUUUCCAACAAGGUAGACAUCAGGUCAGAGGUCAACCGUGAGCUUGUCAUGAAGCUCAUCAGCAACGUCGCCAGCAGCAACCGUUUCUUCACUGACCUCAACAGUUUCCAGAUGCAGCAGCGUCGGACCCUGUCGAAGCUCCCCCUGCAGGCCAACUUUUACCCGAUGAGCUCCGCGGCGUUCCUGCAGGAUUCAAUGUCUCGUCUGUCUCUGCUGUCGGCUCAGAGUCAGGCCGUCGCGUCUCUUAGACCAGCGUGGGUUUCCUCCAGGUGCUCUGACAUGUUCUCCCCGUGUCAGCGUGGGUUUCCUCCAGGUGCUCUGACAUGUUCUCCCUGUGUCAGCGUGGGUUUCCUCCAGGUGCUCCGGCUUCCUCCCACAGUCCAAAGACAUGCAGGUGAGCUGGAGGUGGUGUUGGACCGGCGGCUGCAGCAGGACGAUAACCGCGGCCUCGGUCAGGGCGUCACCGACAACAAGCUGACAGCAAGUCUCUACAACCUGCUGCUGGAGGACAGGAGGGGCGGGCCUCAGGAAGUGGGAGGAGCCUCAGUUGAACAUCUGUCACUGCUCGCCCACCUGACCUCGCUCUCCCUCAGCCACCCACCAAUCACCAUGGUUGCCCCUAGCAACAGUCAGGUGCCAAAGCUCCGCCCCUUCCUGCCACUCCGCUCAUCGCUGCCGUGUGAUGUUCACCUGCUGAACCUGAGGACGCUGGAGGACUCGCAGGAAGCAGAAAGUCCAUCACAGGAAGUGGCCCUCCUCCUCCACAGGAAGGGCUUUGAUUGUAGCUCCGCCCCUGAGCCGCCACUGCAGUGCACGUGGAGUGUGCACGAGGAGGUGAAUCUGGACGAUCUUUUCUCUCCUCUUCAGUUUGGUUCCGUCCGCCGGUCGGGUCUCACUCUGCUGCGAGAAGACGAUGAACCUGAAUCCGCCCGGCAACAGCAGCCGCCACACAUCACUCACCUUCGACCAAUGGAAAUCAGCGCUUUCCGCGUGGAGCUCAACUGAAAAGUUCAAAUUCAACCUGAGAACUGUUCCAGUGUUGGAUCUGUGACACCACGAGCCGCCAAUCAGAAACUACGUACAGGAAGUGUGAUGUCAAAUAUAAGGCAGAUUGUUGGAUCAACAUUAAAAUCUCACCAAAAUAAAACUAAAAAUUGAAACUAAAAGUCAGUUUGAAAUGAAAAGAAAAAAAUCCAAUCAGCUAUGAAGCUCUGCAGAGACGAGAAGUUCAAAUUGAAAAUAUACAGAUGGACACGGUGCCGGCGUCACUGCGGGAAAAAAACAAAACACAAAAAUCAAAUCUUUAAAAUGAUGAAACAAAAACUAAAAGUGUCCGAAUGAAGAAGUUUAAUCUUCUCUGUGAUUGGUCGGUCAGAUCGACACAUUAAAGGUCAACAAAAUGUGACAAUAUUUACAAUAUGAAAAUAUUCUUCUGUAAGCUAAAGGGUCAAUGUGAAGGUCAAAGGUCAAAUGUGAAGGUCAAAGAUAGAAAUACAUGUUUGAUUUGAAUGAAGAGAGGAACACUGAAAUUUAACUUACGUUACUAUGGCAACAAAAAGGGACCGAGUCACUGAAUGUUUUUCAAUGUGUGUGUGUGUGUGUUUUUUUGUUUCAGGAGAGCGUGGAAUUAUGGGUAACACUGAUGUUCAAACACGCUGUUUAAAUGAUUUUUUUGUUGUAAUUUUCUGAAUUUGCUGUGAAAAGUUGGGAAACUAUGAAAUCUACUGGAUAUAUUAUUAUUUUAAUUCUGAAAUUUUGUAUUUUCUGUGAACAGAUUUUUUGAUGAAACAUAUGAAGUAUUUAAAAUUUAAAAUUAUUUUUGGAAAAGGUUUCUUUUUUAUUUCCGUGAAUGUUUGUAGUUUGUUUUUGGGGCAGAUUUAAAGUUUUAAUACAAAAUAAAUUAUUGUUUAAUUUUC